CUGCUGCUACAAAGCUGUGUGUCUGUGUUUGUGUGUCAGUGAUGUGUGCGUCUGUUUCCUGUAAUGAGUGACGAGGACCUGUACCUGCAGAGUUGGGGCUGGACUGAUCUCUCCAGCUACUUGUCGUCGGACUCGGAGCCGCAGGUCGUCUCCUCCCUCCAGACCAGGACCAUGUCCAGACUCAGUCUGCGGCUCGAUACCAGUCUGUUGGAUCACAGUCUGCCGCUCAGCAGCGCCUCCUACAGCGCAGGAGGAGGCAGCUGGAGGAGCAGCAGGUCCCUGAAGCCUCGUCGUUCCCAGCAUCACUCUGUCUCCUGCUCGGAGUCUCUCCUCGUCCCGUCUCCUCGUAAACUGUCCGGCCGCUCGCUCCACAGCAGCAGCGUCCACAGCGUGACCUCGGACACGUCCCUGCUGUCCUCGCUGCUGGACGAGUCGUCCGUCCAGGACGCCACGCUGGUCGACAACCUCUGGGGUUUGGACCAUGAUGUUGAUCCCAAAGAAAGCACCAUCAUAGAGCAGAACACUGUCCUGUCAAACCGCACUCUGAUUGGCUCAGACAGCUUCUGUGUCAAACACACGGGGCAGACGCUCGGCAGGGUUUACUGCAAAGACUGUGAGCUGCAUCCGGACCAGAUGGAGUCCGUCACCACACGCAGCUCCUCCUCCAAAUACACCACCUCCUCCUCCUCACCGUCAGGGGACAGAGAACUGGAGACCUCCAUCGUCUACAGCCGAGAGCGGAGCCGCAGGAGGAGAACAGGUGUUUUGUCAUCCAUGUUGGAUGCAGGUGUGAAUGUGAGCAGGAGGGCGGCGGCCUGUGUCAUCUCCUUGCUCACUCUGAUUUGCAGUUUCCUGUCGCUGCAGAGACGCCACCACAUGACAGCUCGGCCUGAUCGCUGUGGAGUCAUGGAGCGGAAGGAGACGACCAGCCGCCUGAAGGAGGCGCUACAUCCCAAAGGAUCUCUGUGUAGAGCAGGGGGUGCCAUCCUCCGGUGGCUCAGCAGAAGAUGGCAUCACAUGACUGCUCCUGACCGUCCCGUCCUACUGACACGGUUCUCGCUCCGAUCGGUCCUGAUCCUUGUUCCUCUGCUGCUCUUCCUCAUCGGCCCAUGUUGGUUUGGCCUUGCCGGCCUACAGUCCGUCCUCGCAGCUCUAAACAUCACAGAUUGGACGAAGGUGGUCUCCGACGUCCCCGCUCUGUCCUCCAUGUACAGCUUCAUGUCCUCACAGAGCCCAUCAGCAGAGAGCUCUGCAGAGGGGUCAGGGGAGGAGCCGCUCUAUCCUCGACCUCCACCAGCCGAGGAGGAGGAGUCGGAGCGGCUGGUCGGCCUGGAGCAGAGUGUGACGGGGCUGUGGGGGCAGGUGGAGGCCGCGGGGCAGCAGGCAGAGCAGAGGCACAGGGAGGUUCUCCAGCUGUACACCGACCUCCAGCAGCGGCUCUCUGCGCAGAGCGGCGAGGACGACCUGCAGCUCCGGAUCGACCAGGAGCUGAGGAGGCGACUGGAGGAGGAGCGACCGCACAGGGAGCAGAGGGAGCAGAUGCAGCAGCUGAGUCUAUCGUCUCGUCUGGAUCAGCUGGAGCGGCUGGCGGCUCAAACACAGGAGGAUCAGCGAGAAGCUGCGUCAGCUCCACAGAAAACACUUCCUCCUGCCAUCAGUGCGGGUGAGGAGCGUCAGUCCCACGACGCCCUGCUGGUGGAGGUAGCGAGGCUGGAGGUGUCUCUGGAGGACGUGAGGCGGGAUGUGGACGGUCUGUCUGGGAUCAAGGAGCGUUGCCAACAACUCGAUGGAGUCGCGCAGACGAUCUCCGAACAGGUUUCCACUCAGGUGCGUGAGGAGGUUCGGGCUCUGGUUUAUGGGAACCAGGUGACGGUGGCAGGCGGAGGAGACGCCGUCACUCUCCCAGAGUCGCUCCUCCAGUGGCUGUCCCAGCACUAUGUCAGUAGGGCUGACCUGCAGGUGGCGCUGUCGUCUCUGGAGCGCAGCCUCCUGCAGAACAUCAAACUGCAGCUGGUGCAGCGUCGCAACGAGGAGGUCAGAGAGACCGUCCUGCAGACCACCGGCGACACCGUCACGCCGGAGGACGUCCACAGGAUCGUGAAGAACGCCCUGCGGCUGUUUUCUCAGGACCAGACCGGCCUCGCCGACUACGCUCUGGAGUCUGGAGGGGGCAGUGUUCUGAGCACUCGCUGCUCUGAGACGUUCGAGACGAAGGCGGCGCUGCUCAGUCUGUUCGGACUUCCUCUCUGGUAUUUCUCUCAGUCUCCUCGAGCGGUCAUCCAGCCGGACGUCCAUCCAGGGAACUGCUGGGCGUUCAGAGGCUCCACCGGUUUCCUGGUGAUCCGUCUCUCCAUGAGGAUCCUCCCCACCGCCUUCUCCCUGGAGCACAUCCCCAGAGCCCUGGCGCCCAGUGGGGCGCUGCACAGCGCCCCCCGAGACUUCAGCGUCUACGGUCUAGCUGAGGAGCGUCAGGACCGGGGGAAGCUGCUGGGAGCGUACACGUAUGACGAGGAGGGAGAAGCUCUGCAGACCUACGCCACCGCUGAGGAGAACGAUCAGAUGUUCCAGAUCAUCGAGGUGAAGGUUCUGUCCAACUGGGGCCACCAGGAGUACACGUGCAUCUACCGGUUCAGAGUGCACGGCUCGCCCAGGGACGUCUGAGGAUCAAACUGAGGUUUGAAUUGAAGCUGUGCUGCUCGCUGAUUGGCUGCUGAGCAUCCACGCUCUUCAGUUUAAAUGUAUUUUGUUGAUCGAAGUCUCGACAGUGACGGUAAGCCCCGCCCCCUUCAGGCGUGGUCCUGUGGAGUAACGUCACUCUGACGACUGAGUUUGACUUUUCUGUCCAUAGUUAUUUUGAUUUCUGUGUUUUGUUGGUUUUUAUCUUUGUCACACAGACGGUUUUAUAGGAUCAGCUCAUAUUUUGUAUCAACACAUACAUGAACAUGUUUUAAUUGUUCCUCCUGUUGACGCUUUAAUAAAGAAUGAUUUUAACAUGUGGCCUCUGAGCAGAUUAAUGCACUCGGAUCUUUCAGAGUUUCAGGAAAACACAUUUCUUUAAGUUUCAGUUACACAAAGAAAUAAUUUGUCAGUAGAAAAAAAAACGUUGUUUGUUUAACACAGAACAACCGAAGUCUCUUCAGGAGGAAAAACUAUUCCUGUUUUAAGAGAACUUGAAUAAACGUGUUUUUUUUACUAGGAAAUAUAAGAUAUGAUAAUCUGAUCCAGAGCAACAGAUUAAAACAUGACUGUUCACAUAGAGCAGAUAAAUAUCAAAGAAUAUUAUACUCUGCUGUCAAUAUUUUUGUCUUCAGCUGAAUAGUUUUAAUUUUUCAGUUUAUUUGAUCCAUUUUCAAGAAGACAUUUUAUUUAACACCUGCUAGUGUGAUCUGUAUUUGUAUCAGUAUUAUCUUUGUUCAAUUCAAAUAUACAUAAUUACAAUACUCUUUUCUCAUAUUGUGGGUUAAACAUGGUUUCACUGCAGUGCCAGGUUUCUGAAUCGUUUGGACGGAGACGUUUCUUAUUCCUGUUUCUCUUCAUGUGAUCAGAU